AUGGCUACCUUACACGAGGCCCUUCAAUGCCUCAAGCCGACAUCAUGGGACGAAGUUCCCCAGGAUCCCAACGAGCUGCGCGACUACGUGCACGGGAUUUUCAAAAACAGCCGCCUGGUAGCGGAGUCACUUCCAGACCCCCCAAUCUCCGAUAUUGAUGACUACCCCGGGCUAGAUGAUACGACAAAUUCCUCCGCCAAACGAAUCGUCCCAUCAUCCGUACGAGUGGGAGAAACCGACCCAGAGAUUACAGACCUGCAAAAAGAAUGGGGGAAGCCACUCAAGAUGGGCGGGCCAAGAGAUAAUCCAUUAGGCGUGACUGUCUGGAAACUUUCCGCGAAUGACGGCGGGGGCUCAUGGUUCGGGCGACGGAGUGUGCACGAGGGCCUCUCAUUCUCGCGUUGGCGGACGAAGCUCUCAACUGAGUACGAUGAAACGCUCAGAGUAAAUCGCAAGAAGAUCGAGAAGGGACAGACGCCUGACGAGUGUAUCCGCGGGAUCGGCGCCGAAGAAAAAAUCGAGAACAUCGAGGUCAAGAACCGUGAUGGUUCGAUUUUGGGAGAUUUAAUGGUUUACCAUGUCUCAGCGCAGUUUCCCAAGCCUACUGCUCCGCGUGACUUCGUGGCGUUGAUUGUCAAUUCCGAUUAUGGAUUGCAAGCUGGCGGAAGUAAGCAGCCUGGUCGCAGCUGGAUGAUGAUCUCUAAGCCGUGUGAUCAUCCCAAAAUCCAGCAUAAGCAGGGGUAUACACGCGGACAGUAUGAGUCUAUCGAGCUCAUCCGAGAGAUUCCUAAGGGGGACGACAGUAGAGGCAACUCUUCUAGCCAGGGGAGUAAGAAGAAUAGUGAUUUUCCAUCGUCUACUCUGCAGCAGCCUGAGGGGUUACCUGAGCAGAAUGGAGCUGGGGAUAACGAACAAAUGAAUCCUGUUGAAUGGAUCAUGGUCACUCGGAGUGACCCAGGCGGUAACAUCCCACGGUGGAUGGUGGACAAGGGAACACCGCGAAGCGUGGGAACGGAUGCUGCUAAAUUCAUCAACUGGGCUCUUCAAGAUGACAAGCCUCCCAAACAAGAAGAAGGUGCAGGUGCGGAAGCUGAAAUUACUUUAGCAGGCGCCAAAGCUGAAUCCGGAGAGUCUGCGAAUGAAUACGACUCCGACCAUGCAGACGACUCGGAUUCGGAUUACGAUUCACUCGACAGCGACGGCGAGCAUUCGCAUCAUGGUCUGAUUGCCAGUGUCGCAGGCUUGCUCAUAACUGGACUGGAACGGUUCACACCACAAGUUCUAGGCUAUGGUGCCCACACUCAAGUGUCGGGUGAUCUCCCAGCCGGGGAUGAGGUUUCCUACAUUGAUGCAGAUGGCAUGGCACACCUAAAACCAAAAAUUGUUCAACGGGAUGAGCAAGCGUUGGACCCCGAAUCUUCAAGAUCCCGCGAGAAUGACCAUGGUUCGCUCUCCUCGGCCAAUUCCGAACCAACUGCCAUUGACGAGGCACACAACAACAUUUCACCUGAGGAACUGAUCAAAAUGACAAAGGGUGGCAAGCUCACGUCCCAUGAGAAAGAGCUCGCGAAGCUAGCCAUCCGCAAACGCGAGGUCGAAGGCAAGCUAGACGAAAUCCGGGCCGAACUCGAAAAGUUUCAGAUCUCAUCGCAACCGUCUAGUGUCUCAGGGACACCAGUAAAAGGCAUCAGCGAGGUAGACAGCGACACCAACGGGAUGCGCAAACGCGCAGCGACGAACAGGUCUUCCAGGCCCGCCAGCACUCGCACACAGCAGAGCCAGAGCCAACCUCAGGGCGAGGUCAGCAAUGAAGACCAGUCAUCUUCUGCGCAGACGGCAACCCCUGACCCCGCAUCGUUUCUCCCUAAAGCAGCCUCUCACUUCCUUCAUGGGGAAGCUAAGCUGCUUAAGCAGCUGCGCAAGAUCGAGGCUAGCCAGCUAAAGAUUGCAUCGAAGAUUCAAGCGAAGCAGAGAAAGGAUGAGGAGCGCUCGAAGAAGUCUAAGUCCAAGAACAAGUCUGAGGUUGAUAGCUUGAAACAGGAGGUACAAGAUCUCAAAAAGGAGGUCAAACAGCUUCGCUCUGAACGUAAGAAAUGGGUCGAUCUUGUUUCUUCUUUGCAGACGGAGAAUACAAGGUUAGCGGCGAAGUCGGAGGAUACUUGA